UCCCAUCUGGCCCGUGUACAUAAACGGCUGGACGGGAGCAGUGGGUUGCCAUUUAUAAACAGCACCCGCAUUCCUUGCCUGGGAGUGUGCGGCACUGUGAUCUGGUGCCUGCUGCGUCAAGUGCCCAGUGUGUCCGAUCGCUGUACUGGACCUCUGUGUGAGGUCCCGAACAUGUGAUCACUGAUUGGCCAAUCAGUGAUCACAUGAAUAAUAGUAAGCAAGAUGUCACUUCUGACAUCAUUGCUUACUACAUGUUAAAUCUGUGAAUGAUCACAGAGGUCACAUGGUACAAGGCUAUUCACAACAACCUUGUAUGUGACAAGCUGUGACCAUUCACAGCUCUC